AUGGUCGCUCGUGGGCUUGGUCCUGAAGGGGGGCCCAGCACCCCAGGGCCCCUCAGAGCGGGACGUGGCCUGCACCCGCGGUGGGCAGUGCCAGCUCUCAGCUACCCCCAGGCCAGCGUGUGGGCGAAUAAAAAUGGCUGGUUGAAAAACAUCCUGAAGAGUCAGCCACCCACAUUCUUCCUCCGAAGAAUCAAAGAUUCCCAGCUCACAGGCUUUGAGAUAAACCAGAGGGUUUGUAUAGCUGUGACCUUUACAGAGGUGACUGAUCUAGUGACUCAGCUUGGUCACGGGGAGGGAGGACUUCUGGGCUCCUGUGCUGUGAAUGCCAUUUCAGCAAACCGCAGAAAGCAGUUUGAAUUUCUCAGCCGAGUGUGUGAAACACAUUCUCUCCAUGGAGAAAGACUGCAUUUACUGGGAAGGAAUGACAAGUAUGUGUCUCUGAUCAACUACAGCAUCCCUCGGCUAUGUCAGUUCACAGUGUGCAUUGACCUAAACCGGACGGCCAAUGUCAGCUCUUGGGCAGCAUUUUCCUAUGACACUAACAACACCUCCACUGACAUAAAUGACAUAGAGCUUGGACUCUCCGGAGAAAACAAGCAGUUAAGACUCUAUCUUUUUGGCACCAGACGAGACAUUGAGAUCAAUCUGGCUCUUUUUGUGUGGUAUAGCGUGUGCUGCUUGUGGGACACCAGGAAACAUCUGCUGGAGGUCUACUGCAAUGGUAAUCUUGUGCAUACUGAAACCAUUGGCAGUGCUGAGUGCCUGAAACCUAACGGUAGCCUGGUGCUGGGUCAUCUGCACAAAAGAAAAGAUGGCUUUAUUGUGCGGGUAAGCAACAGCUUCAUUGGCAGCUUGUACUACUUCCAAAUGUGGGACCGUGUGAUGGGUCGGGAAGAGCUGCUGGACUGCGCCAUGGGCAAUGCUGUGAGCUGGAAGGAAGUGUACUGGAACUUCAGCGGCAUCCUUCCCGUUGCAGACCGUCACCUGCGCUGUGGAUCGAGUGAAGCAUCGUCAACAAGGGCUCCCAUGCUGCCACCGUUAUCCCCGACCAGUAGCACCAAUGGCACCAUUCCACUCAGCUUCUUUAACGUUGACAUGAACUUUUCCCUUUUCUACAAAUCUGAGAGAGCUCCUGAUUACUAUGAUGCAAGGAAGCUUCUUGGAAACUGGUUUAGUAUCAUAUUUACUGGAGAAGAAUUUGUGAUGACAAACUUUAAAGUCAGUGCAAUUAAUAUUGAACUUGAACAAGCUUUUUGGAAGAAACCAAAUAUGAGUGAAUGUAAAUUACUGGAAGAACUUCCAAAUAAUAUUGUAGACCUCCAUGAUAUCAUGAUAACAGAAGAUGCAACACUGCAUAUGGAAGAAUUAGAAAUCAUUGCAAGUAAAAUUUCUGAUAUUGUAAGGCUUGCAGAUAUGAGUGUGACACUUGCAGGGACUAUAUUGUCGAUACUAAACUAUAUUUUGCUGCAAGAAAUAGAAGAUCAGAACAUUAGAAAAAUGACCAAUAGUAUCCUGAAGACAACUGAGGAGAUUGGCUAUAAGGUGACUUACACAGAAAGAAAUACGUCAGUCAUAACCACUUCCUUGGCUUUGUUGGUGAUGCGUCCAGAUCCCAGCGUAUAUGAAGGACUGGCCUUUGGCGUUACCUCCUAUGACAGAGGGGUGGAUCUCAAGAUCAAUGUUCAAGAAAAUCCUUUCAAAAAGGCCUUGGCCUCAGUGUUUUUGCCAAAAUCACUGAAGAAAUUCCUAGGGAUUGAGCACUCUGACCCAAACAAGCAUUCGAAGAUCCAGUUUAAGUUUUUUGGCGCUACUUCGCUCUUUGUGGAUGACGGUUUAACAAAGGAGAGGUUGAAUACUUAUGUCGUGAGUGCCAGCAUUGAAAACGCAUCAAUUCAGAACCUUAAUGAGCCUGUGACUAUUACUCUUCAGCACAUAGACCAAAAUAUGGGUAAUGCAGCAGUGCACUGCGUCUUCUGGGAUUUUCAGAAGAACGAUGGACUGGGUGGUUGGAAUACAUCGGGGUGUGAAAUAGAAUAUACAGAUAUGAAUUACACAAUCUGUUUUUGUAACCAUCUUACCCAUUUUGGAGUCCUACUGGACUUGUCCCGGACAGAGAUAGAUAUCGCACAUGAUCGUAUAUUAACUCUGAUAAGCUAUGCAGGAUGUGGUGCUUCUUCCCUUUUUUUGGGUAUAACACUGGUGACAUAUCUAGCCCUUGAAAAGCUGCGGAGAGACAACCCUUCAAAAAUCCUGCUCAAUCUCUGUACCGCACUGCUGAUGCUGAACAUGGUCUUCCUCACCAAUUCCUGGCUGUCCUCGUUCAACCAGCCAGAUCUCUGUAUCACCGUGGCCGUGCUCCUUCACUAUUUCCUUCUUGCAGCUUUCACGUGGAUGUGCCUGGAGUCUGUUCACUUUUACUUGGUUCUUGUCAAAGUUUUCAAUGUUUAUGUCCCAAAGUACAUCCUAAAAUGCUGUAUUGCUGGCUGGGGAAUACCAGCUAUUGUAAUUACUAUUGUGCUCAUUAUAAAUAAAGACUUCUAUGGCAAUGGAUCACAUUCUGAGAGCAAUCCGUUCAGCAGUUUUUGCUGGAUUCAGGAGAACACAGUGUUUUACAUCUCCGUUGUGGCCUAUGUCUUCUUAAUAUUUUUGACGAAUACAGGCAUGUACAUCACAGUUCUCCUUCAAAUCCACUCCGUGAAAUCAAGGACACAAAAGAGAACUGGAUUUUGGAAACAGGGUUUUCUCCAAGACCUCAGAAGUGCUUUCAGCUUGAUGUUCCUUUUGGGCUUAACUUGGGGCUUUGUCUUUUUUGCCUGGGGAGCAGUGAGGAUAUUUUUCUUGUAUCUCUUCAGCAUUUGUAACACCUUGCAAGGGUUCUUUAUCUUUGUGUUUCACUGCCUAAUGAAGGAAGAAGUAGUGAAGCAGUGCCGAGUACACUUUUGCUGGGGGAGAUUUCGUCUGAGUAAUUAUUCUGGUCAUACCGAAGCUGUGGCUUAUUCUGGGAUACCCCAGUGA